AUGUUACACAACAGAAUGACCACGGCCUUCGAGAGGUCAAAGGAGCAAGAGCAUGAAGCAGCAAAGAACGAGAUUCCUAGCUUCCAAGUCUUUAUUGAAAGGCGUGACUUUCUGGGAGCAAUAACAGUCCUCAAAUUUCUGAAGUCCACCAGGAACACCGCCGAGGUGGGAAAUGCAGAUCUCUGGAUUGCUUACUGCAACUUCCACCUGGGCCGGCACGAAGAGGCGCUUGAAAUUUAUACUGCUCUAAAGAAGAGUAAGAACCCCCCUCUUGAUGCUCACACCCUCGAUCUCUACCGUGCCAUCUGCAUGCUGUAUCUGGGCCAGAUGGGCGACGCACGUGAGUUGGCAACUACGCUGCCCCCUACGCCUCUUUCUAACAGAUUGCUAUUUCACGCCUGCUCGCGGCUUCUAGAUGAGGAAUCGCUUGUUACGUAUCACACAAAACUCAGAAACGUAUCUGCAGACCAGAUGGCACUGGCUGCCGUGCACUUUCUUAGGACGCACUACCAGCAGGCUCUUGAGUGUUACGAAGAGGUUCUUCAGGUGCAGCCGGAGUGCUUUGCGAUCUAUAUGCACAUGGCUCUUUGCUACUACAAACUGGGGGAUUAUCUAAAGUCAGAAGAGUUUCUGAUGUUGUAUCGGGAGAAUGCAGAGGACUCCCUGACGUCCCUCAACCUGUAUGCAGCCACCAAGUUCAGACAAGGAAAAAUGGCUGAAGCACUUAAGAUACUGGAAGAGCUCCAAAACGACGAAACGAUUGUAGGGCUUCCAAUAUUCAAGCAUAACAAGUGUUUAUACACGGAAAUGAACGCCGCAGUGCACAUUCUUCCACCUCUAGUCGGGAUUGUUUCAGAAGCACGCCAAAACCUCGUCAAGUUGUAUAUUGAAAAGGGCCAAUAUGAGGAUGCCUAUAAGGUUGUACAGUCUUUCGAGCCUGCAGUGUCUGCAGAGUACACACUGAAGGCCGCUGCAUAUGCAUACUACGGCCAAACCGUGCAGGAUAUGGCCGUGCUACAGUAUGCCCAGGCAGCAUACAGCACGGUUGGACAGUCGGAUGCAGAUAGGGACACUGUUCUGGGACGCAGGGCUAUGGCCGCAGCGUACUUUCUGACAGGAGAGUUUGAGGAGGCAAGCAUGUAUCUAGAGUCCAUUGCUGACAUACCAAAGGAGUCUGAGGAUUCGUUUAUGCUGAAUUAUUCUCUCUGUCUUGCGGCAACCUGCAAGGUCACAGAAGCCCUUGAGAGGCUCAUGAGCGUAAUGGGUAGUACCAACUUUACUCCUGUGCACAGAACGUGGCUUGGACGCCUUCUUAUCAGAGCGCAGCGCUCUGCAGAGGCCUUUGACCUCUACAGAGACGCAGAGAAGAAUAGCCUGCAAACAAUCCUCCUCAUGAAGGUCAUUGCUAACGAAUGCUUUGCUGCUGGGGAGUAUCAGUAUGCCGAAAGGGCUGCUGCUAUACUUGUCGAUCUGGACAAGGCCUCGAAAGACCACUAUAUUAUGAUACAAAAGGCAUGCAUAGCCGCUAUGGAGCUUAUACGCCGGGGAAAGACCAUCACGCCUCCAGAGCUGGUCUACGAGACCGAAUGA